AUGUACAGAACUCGCCCACCCCCGACCUUAUCAACUUUGGGUGUUUCCAUCCCGUCGCUCCUCCCCGAGGCCUCAGUCCCCAUGUUAGUCCUGCUCGGGACUGUGUCUGGUACAGCCAGCAUCCCCAACAUCCUCACGCUGCCUGAGAGCACAAGGGAUAUGGACUGUUGCAAAGAGAUUGGAGGAUUUCCUUGUGCAGCUGCCAUGUUGGGCAUAGUGCAGAUUGCAGUGCAAUGGUCUUGCUUCUUCUUCAUUAUGCUGCUGUUUCUCAUCUUCUUUCCGAGAGCUUCCGACACGGUAGAGGAACAAGACACCGACAUGCCGACAUGGAAAGAAGCUGUCCUCGUGCUUGGCGUCUCCAUCGCCUUCUUCGUCGUUUCCCUCUUCGGCUCCGUCGUCUUCGUAUACGCCAUUCCCUCUCAUGUCCGAGGCUGGGCAAACUUCCUCGGACUCCUCGCCAGUCUUCUAGCCGCUAUACAAUACCUCCCUCAAAUCGCCAUGACUUGGAGACUACAAGAGACGGGCAGUCUAUCGAUACCUAUGAUGAUCAUACAAACACCCGGUAGCUUCGUCUUUGCUGCAAGUCUAUAUGCGCGACUAGGCCCGCGAGGCUGGAGUGCCUGGGGACUGUUCAUCUUUACUGGCUUCCUGCAGGGCAUCUUGCUAACCAUGGCCCUGUCGUUUGUGUGGAGAGACCGCAAAGCUCGACAGGCCAAGGGAGUAGAUGUUGCCAAUGGAGGCGACCUCGGAAUAGGCACGGAACGAACGCCACUCCUUGAUGGUGAAAGGUGA